AUGGAUACGAUGCGCGAGGAUCUUGUCAAGGCCGUCCCGGCCCUUGGGCAUUACCCCCAAGAACCGAUCAGCACUGGUACCACUCUCAUCGCCAUGGAAUACGAGGGCGGCGUUGUCGUGGGCACGGAUUCACGUACUUCCGCAGGCUCUUUCAUCUCGUCGCGCGUCACCAACAAAAUCACCCCUGUGACUGAUCACUUGGUUGUCUGCCGUUCUGGAAAUGCGGCCGAUACGCAGACGAUUGCCGAUAUCGUCAAGUAUCACCUGGAAGUCUAUAGCAUGCUGGAGAACGACAAGAUCUCCAUCUACCGUGCCACGCAGAUCUUCCGUCAGUUCCUGUACAGCUACCGCGACCAGUUGAGCGCAUCGGUGUUGGUGGCUGGUUGGGAUGAGAAGCUCGGAGGCCAGCUCUAUGCUUUGCCCAUUGGCGGCUUCGUCACACGUCAAAAGUCCACAGCUUCUGGAUCCGGGUCAACAUUUGUCAGCGGAUACCUUGACCGCAUGUGGAAGCCGAACAUGACCAAGGAGGAGUGCAUCAAAGUGGUGAAGGAGGCUGUCGGACUCGCCACGUUCCGUGAUGGUUCUUCCGGUGGUGUCAUUCGUAUUGGUGUUGUCGACAAGGACGGGACCAACAUCACGUUGUAUCGCCCGGACGGAGCCGAUUUCCCGAAGAUCCGUCCCCCGGCCGCCUAUCCCAGCUGGCCCGCUCACGUCGAGGCCAAGAACAAUGCA